AUGAUAAAAAAUCGAGUGAAGUUUAAUAGUCAUAAACUGAGACUGAUGCUUAGUGGUAGUUAUGGGGAAGGAUUCAGGCUAACGGGGUCAGAUGUAGACGUGAUGUUCUGGCCAACUGACCACAAUACAAUAUGGGACUUGGACCAGGCUCAGAAUUAUGAUUUAAAUAGAAAGGCACUGAUUCUCUGCGAUUGUUCGGAAAGUCCACCUGGAUUUGCAUUACUGGAAUUAUUGACGGAGACUCACUUUAAAUCUCUAGAGAAUGCAUGUAUAAGAACCAAUGGCAGAUUCUAUAUAUCAAGUUCUGAAUUCAGAAGUAUAACAUACAAUGCUCUUAUUCCUGACUAUAGGGAACAUGGUCCAUGUGGCAACGGUUUUAUUGGGGUAUUAGAACAUGACAUAGCUAAAUGUUUUGUCUGUGACUUUUGGCCCACUCCCGCCUUCCAGUGGAGAGACAGAUGUCAAUCAUGGCCCCCAGCUCCUAUCAUUGAUGAAAUAGUCAGAAAAGGAUGCCACUUUGUAGCUGUAGGACACAAACUAGGAAAUCAUGCUGACAAAGAAUGGAGAAUUUCCUUCUCUUCGGCAGAGAAAAUUCUAGUUUCCUCAAUGAGUCACUGCCAAUUCCUAAUGUACGGUCUCCUUAAAUUGUUCUUAACAGAAUGCAUUAACAGUGGAUUAAGUGAAGAGGAUAAAUUACUGUGUUCUUAUCACAUGAAGACGGCUGUUUUUUGGGUGAUUCAACUAAACAUAAUGCCUUAUUGGUGUCCCCAAAAUCUCUUGCAGUGUUUCUGGGUCUGUUUCAAACUUAUCCUGAAAUGGGUGUAUGACGGCAUUUGUCCAAAUUUUUUUAUUCCAGAAAACAACAUGUUUCUGAGUAAUAUUCACGGUAAAGCACAAAGAGAAUUGUUCAUUGGACUUCAUGAAUUAUAUGAGAAGGGUUUAGCAUGCCUGAUUCACAGUCCAUCCGUCAGAUUCCAUGUUAUAACCAUCCUUCAAAAUCCUAGACAAUCUGUUUGUACAGAUGAACACGCUUUGAUUUCUAAGGCCAAGUUUGAAGAAGAACUAUUUGGUGAGAUAUGUUGCAAUCAUAUAUCCUCACAUGAACUAUAUCAAUGUAUGAAGUUUCUCAAUGCUGUAGGGAGGUUGAUCAUUUUACCCCUGACACAAUAUCAGGAACUUACUCUACAGAAGAGUACAGCUUGUACACUCCAGAACACAGCUUUCAUUUUACUUAAUGUUUUAACAGAUUUUACACCACUCGAAGUAGAUACUAGUACAUGUAGGAAUAAAGUGAUCUAUUUAACUGACAAAAUAUCCCUUUACAUGCUGAAAUUAGCUGCUAAGUUUGGGUUCAUUUCAGACAUGUUGUACAUUGCUAUGUAUUAUUACAAGACAUUCAGAUACUUGGAAGCUUUAACUGUUAUAGAAGCUACAAAAGCAAAAAUAGCACAGUUAUAUGUAAUGUACGAGGGACGUGUAAGUGCAGAAAGAUAUAGUGAGACAUCCUGGUCUACAAAGAUGAGACAGAUUGUAGUAUUGAGUAUUUAUCUGAACAAUGAACUUUGUUACAUUAAUGAAUUAGUGCCAGAACAACGGUCUGGAUCACAAUGUAGAAUCCUUUCAAUAGAUAUCCCCCUCUAUGUUCUCUUACACAUGUUAGAGGUCUUGUGUUACAGGCAUGUAGACUCAGAGAGAACACAAAGAGCUCUAGAUGUCCUACAAAAUCUUGUACACCAUGAUCCGGGUACAUACAUAUCCGAAGAACAAAAAGACAUAUCAUUGGAGAUCCUAGGGAUUUGUCAACAGGUUACAGGGAACUACCAAGCUGCUCUACAUUCAUACCAACAAUCCCUGAAACAAAAAAUAUUCAACAAAAUACAAGACGCAACAUUAAUGAGGAUACAACAAGUCAUGGACCUAAUCCAUAGAGUCUAA